UUGCAUAAUGCUGAGAAUGCAGCAGGUUGUGCUUUACAGGUGGGGUUUUAUCAAACUGAUAUCAGUUCUGCCUGCCUUUAAAACAAGGACGAGCACAUGGAAAGCUUAGAAGCACGGAUUCAAGGCUUGAGCCUCCUGUGAAGCCAUGGCCUCCAGCCUUCCUCUGCUCCUGCUGGUCCUGUGCAGUCUGAGUGUAGCUCAGUGCCAGCUGAGGCUGUUUAACCUGCGAGCCACUGGUCUUCCCUCUGACUUGUUGGGAACCACUGACGGCUAUGUCAAGGUGUUCUGUGGUGCAGACACUCUGGGUAAAACCUCUGUCCGUAAUGACAACGCCAACCCUUGGUGGGAGGAGGAGUUCACAUACUUCAAGGCCCAGGAGAAUGAAGUAAUGAGGCUCGAGGUUCAUGACAGUGACCUUUUGUUUGAUGACCUUCUGGGAGUCUGCCAGCGUCAGCUCAAGUUGGGAACAUAUGAGCAUGAUUGCUAUCUAGAGAAAGGUGGAACCCUCCAUUAUACCUACACUUUUGGCUGAGACCGCCAACAUUGUCAAUAAAAAAUAAAAUAAACUGUGAUGCAACAAACAAA